GUCUCCCCUCGGCUGUCGACGCUGUUCCUAACUGUUCGCCCUCCCCUCCAGUUGGAAUCCCCAAUUCGAUUUCCGUCAGUGUUUCUUCCUAAUAGGAAAAAGAACAAACAAAACGACACAACGAGAGAAAGACAGCAUUACAACAACAACAAAAACAAAUCGAUUGUUCCAGUUCUCUUCGAUUGAGUUUGAGUUUGAUUGGUUCUUUCCCCCGCUCCGCUUUGUACUGGAACGUUUGUUUUGGCUAGCAGGACGCACUAGCCGAGAGAGAAUCCAACGAAGACAAUAGAAGUGUGUCGUUUGCGCUAAUGGUGAAACAGAAAAUCAUGGACCGACUAGAUUGUGAAAACGGGAAUAGAGCUCGUGUUUGCUAUCCGUUCCGGUCGAAAAAUACUAGCAGCUGAUCGAUUUGUUUGUUUUUUUCGUUUUGUUUUUUUCGGGGGAGGGAGGGUGACAGUCUGCAACACAAAGGAAAAUUUCAGACAAUAUCCUGAUCUGUGUGUCUUUCAAUUUUCCGAACGGUUUGUGUCGCAAAAAAAACGGAACGCCCUGAACGCAUCGAAGCCUCUUCGCUCUUCCUCACCGCAUCUUGCCACUCAAACUGGACAUUCGGGAAUUAAACGGUGCUGACCUGAUCGUACUCGAAGCACGGCCAACAGCACCGUCGAGGACGCCUUCAAUAUGGACGUGGAAGGAUCGGUGAUAUCGGCCGCGGCGGGCAUCGUCAUCCAUGUUCUGCUCGCCUUGCUCUUCCUCUUCUCCACCGUGGCCAAUGUCUUGGUCAUCGUCAUUUUCUACCGUCGUCCCGCCCUGCGCACCUUAUCCAACAGGUUCGUGAUGUCGUUGCUGUCGUUCAACCUGGUAGCCACGACCAUUUUAUUGCCGCUCAUCCUUAUGGACAGCUUGAUCGACGUCCAUUUAUCUUACACGCAUUCGACUGUCGACUACGCCGUCUGUGUGGCUGGACAAGCCGUUACGACCUUGGUUACGACCGGCUCUAUUAGCGCCGCUUUGGUCAUCGCUGUCGACCAGUAUUGCGCCGUCAUGGCGCCACUCCAUUACCACCGCCGAGUGACCAAGACCAAAGCGUGUCUGCUGCUCGCCGGACAGUGGAUCUUGGCCGUGGCCAUGUCCGCCUUCAGCCUGCCAGAUUCUGCUGGCAAACAUUUCUGGAAAGGCUGUUCGAACAGAGGCGAUCAGCUGUUCGCCUUGGCCGGGUCGUCGGCCACCAGUGACGACGACCAGCUCAACAUGACGACGACGCCCUCGUCGGUCACACCAUCGCCGGCUAAUCAAACGUCCGUCCAGCCUUGGUUGCAAAGCUACUCGGAGGAAGUGUGGACGAUGCUGUUCGUGUCCAGCUCGGUCUUGUGCUACGUCGUGCCGCUGGCGCUGCUCAGCUGGAUGUACCUGCGCAUCUACAGCGCAGCCCACCGCAACAGCCAGCGGACGAGGCGCACCAGUUUGACGCACAGCGCCAGCGAGUUGGUCGUCCAUUGUCUCGGCCACGGAUCGUCCAACUCGUUGGCCCAAGUCUCGCAGAUGAUGCCGUCGGCUUCGUGUCAAUUGAGCGGCUGCGCCGAUUCGGCAGCGUUGCCAUCGCGCACCCCGUCGCUGCGCUCCACUUCCAGUCAGAUCGUCCACAAUUUGCGCUACCGCAUUUCCAACGCGUCGCUCUUCCUCUACAGAGAGGAGUCUCGGGCCGCCCGAGUGUCCGUCUUUGUUCUCGUUCUCGUCGUCUGCUGCUGGAUGCCGUACCACGUUCUGCUGGCCCUGCACGGCUGGGCCGGUUGGAGCCAUCGCUUACCUUCGUACGCCUACCACUUGACGUUGGUGACGGUCUUGAUCAAUUCGCUGGCGUCGCCUUUCCUCUACGCCUAUCGGUCCAGGCGGAUCCAGCGCGAGGUGCGGCGGCUGUUCGGACUGCCGCCCAAGUCGCGCAAAGGAUCGCACCGCCAUCGCGAAUUGUCGGCCAGUCACAAGCGGCGGGUCAAGACGCUUCGCUCUCUCAGUCCGCGUCGUCAACUGCUGCGCAAACAAGUGCGCGGCGCUGACGCUCUGUCUCCGGAAGAAGUGCAGGCCGCCUUGUCGUGCAAUUCGCGUUUCUCGUCCACCGUGGAGGAGCCGGUGGCUUCGCUUCCGUCUUCGUCGGCGGCCGUUGACCAGCUUCCGGGCCGGCCUCAGUUGGUGCGCCACCUGCUCGUCAAAAUGAGCCGAUUGUGGCAGAAACCGUCGGCCACCAGUCAGCUCAGUGUCCACGCAGCCACAUUGGGUGGCGCCGGAUGCGCGGGACCGACAGCCGGCAUGACGUCCGAGUUGAUGGCCGUAACGGUGGACAUUUCACGCUCUUCUUUCUCCAGCGCCACGAGCUCGAACAGCACAAGCAGCGCCGAAAGCGACGUCAGUUUGUGAGAUGUGACGAUGAUGGCAGUAUUAACACGAGAGGUACAUACCAUCAGCUCGCCUGAUGAUGGCCCUCUGCAUUUCAAUAUUCAAAUCAAACUGGUUUUAUUCAUCUGUCUGCGACUGUUUCAUCAAAUAAACAUUUGAUUAAAUAAAAUAAAAUAAAGUAAAAAAAAACAAAAAACAAAUGAGAGAUAAACAGGGCGCUUGAUAGACGUGCCAAGGUUGCUCUCUCACCAGUCCGAUGAUGUCUUUCAAUUUGCAUGAAAAGUAAUCUCUUUUUUUUUUCUUUCGUUCGUUUUUUUCUUUUACUCAUUUCUACAACCAUCGAUAUGAAUGUCAGUUUGUUAUUAAUUGGUCCCACCCGCCAUCUUGCGAGACAACGUCCUUUAUCGCUUUGUAUCAAACUAUCAAUACUGAUCACCCGAGAGGAGGUAAACACACACACACACAAAGUAUUACGUCGUGAUCCACCACGCCCUGCCCAAGUUCCCCUUGACUUGAUUUUCUCUUUCGAAAAAUGUAUUUUAGCGUGUUGUACAUAUAUUGUAUUAUCGUCAACAUGUAUAAGGAACGCCGAUGGCCGCUUUUUGCUAAUCAUUUAGUAAUACUCGCAAACCAAACAAACCGUAUUUGAGGCUCCGCCCCCCCCCCCUUACCAGACGAGGAAAAGCGACAACUAAAAUUUUAAAAGAACAAAUUAAUUUAAAAAAAUUUAAAAAAUAAAAAAAAAAAAUUGCCCAAAAUAUUCAAAAAAGUUCUCUAAUUCAUUUCUCACCAGUGUCCUGAUGCUAAUUGUCUCACUUCUUUUUUUACUCUUAUUUUUUACUAUACUCAACGUACUGUACUGUAAAUACUGUAAAUAUAAAUACAAAUCUACGUAUGAUCGUGUUA